GUAAGGAAAUUGCAAAUGUCAACAGUGACUCGUGGUCAUUCUUAUCUAUUGCGGUCCCGUUAACGGGGUGCAGGUAGCGGACUAACCCUUUGUUAGGGAGCCGGCGGGGGUAAACCCACCCCUCGAGAUAAGCCACGCCCCCAACUAACCGAGAGACGCUUGGGCAAGUGAAGCUUUAGUUACUCGCAUCUUGCGCUUCGAGACGGACAUACGCAAUUCCUUGCUACCAUGGCACUGUGGACACCGUACGCUGACGACGUCGCUUUGGAUCUCAGUAAAACCGAAGUGAAGAAGGAACCGGAGCCCGAGGUGCCUCCGAGCAUCGAAAGUGCAGCUCCACCUGCAGUGUACGGAUAUGGAUAUCACUCGUAUCCGACGGUGCCUGCUGGACAUCCAGCAUACUACAGUGGCUACUAUUACACUCGUGACUAUUUGGUGCCGCCAACCCAUCCGUCGCCGGUGUCUGGACAUGACUUCGUGGUGCCCCAAACUCAGAUAUCACCGAUAUCAGGCGGCAGCACCUGUUCCAGCUAUGAAGCACCAGUGCCGCCAGUUUCUGGCAGUCCACAGUACGGGAACUACCCAGCUCGACCGCCGUCGCCGCCUGAAUCACCGUUAGCGAAUUCGAAACGUCUGUGUAUGGAUGUGGACGCGCUGUCAGACGAUCCCGACUUCCAGGCAUUCGAAAGGGAUGCGCUGAGGGCUAUGGCGGAGAAGAAUGGUGGAUCACUUCUUGGGAACAACCCAAGGAUGCGUCGAGCUGUGCGGUCCACCAACCAAGACUCGGCCAACGACGCGUAUAGGAAGCAGCGCGAGAGGAAUAACUACGCAGCCAAGCAGAGCAGGGACCGGAGGAAGAUGAGGGAGAUCCACUUGGCUCUGAAAGUGUCGUUCCUCAAGAACGAAGUUGCCAAUUUGAAAGCAAAAUUGGCGUCUAAAGCUUGCAGUCGAUGUCAAGCGCUUUGCUUAUGUUAAGACUUUUGUAUACCUAAACUACUCAUGACUUGUGCAAUCUCAAUAGUUGUAAUAUUUUUGAUAAUACCGUAGAGGUAAUAAGUUUUUGCAAUGUAUAAUUAAUUGAUAUUGAUAUUGUGCAAUUUAAUUUAUAAAGACUGAUGUAUUAGUACUUAAGUACUUGGUACCAAAGGGGUACAUGUAAUUAGGUAUUUAGAAUUAAGUCUAUAAAAUAGUUAUAAGGUAAAUCUAGUCUAGGAAGCUGAUCAUGUAAAUUGUAAAUAAAUACAAUUUCACUUAAAAAUAUAAAUAUUUUUCAUUUACCCAUUGCUUUUCAUAAAUAAUUAAUCCAAUCAACAUAUUUGCUACACAUCUCACACUACACUACACAAACACUAUAAUAAUCAUAAAAAUAAAAGUAUAAUUAAGUAAUACAAACUUAUGUAUCAGAAAGUGGUUGGUAAUUCCUGACCUGCCUCAGACAUUUAGGUUUAGUCAGUUACUCACAUAAAGUUACACUUAGAUAAAUAUUUUUUUCAGUAACACUGAUAUUAUAAAACCAUAGAGCAGUAGUACCUAUUCACUUUCCAGUUAGGUAAUACAUUUUAGAAUUAAGUAAUUUAUGGAUACAUUACGUUCAAAGAUUCGAUUCAAUCAAGUCAUAUUUAUUUACCGAAACUCAAGGAAAAUUAUGAGCUGAAACUGAAAAGAGCUUAACGCUGUUAUAGUAAACUAAUAUAGUGAAAAAGUUACAGCGUAAGGCUCGGUUUCCACCAAAGCGGAGCGGAGAAGUGUUUUGAAUAACCAAUCAGAUUUAAUUAUUUUCACUUCUCCUCUCGGCUCCGAGCC